GAACUCAAAUACUUUUUCAAUUUUACGAUGCAAACCCUGAUAUCUAGCUGCUUAAUAUCUAUGCUAUGAAUCUGAAAAAGGACAGAAGGGACUUUUUAUUAUGACCUGAUGCUAAUCUUUACUUAGCUGUCGACCACUGCAUUUUCUUCUGUACCAAAUAUACACAUGGUCUUUAUGCAACGUCUUUUAUAUGGUUUGCUUUCCAGAUUGUAUGAGAAUCUCCUAAGCAAUUCUCUUCAACUAAAUACCUCAAACACCAGCUUGCGACAGGUCUGCUUCAGAACUCUGUGCCUUGACUACCGAUGGAGAGAAAAAUUUGCUGGUCUUUCUGUCGAACAAAAGGAAGCUCAUCGAAGAAAAAAUAGAGAAGCGUAUCACAGAAGAAAGAUGAGCAAACUGUUGUCCAAGACGCUUGAUCCACAAUCUGUACAACCUACCAAACAGUGCAACAUCAAACCAUUUGUCAAACCAUCCAAUACCAAUAAUGAUAAUAAUGGAGUGCUGAUGCCACAGUUAAUUCAGCAGCAUCUUCAUGACACAGUUGGAAUAUAUAAUAAAAGUACGCUUCCUCGAACAUCUGAUAGAAAUGCCACUGGAACUCUUACUUCUAACCUUCAAUUACCUGGCUCCAAGAAUCAGACUAACACUGAUGAUCGAUUCUGUGUAUCCUACCCUGGAUCAAAGCUCAAAAGUAGUCUCUUCUGCUUUUCUACUUAUGAAGAAGGUAAUUCUUCAGCCACCAACCAUAAGCAUAUAUGCUCAGAUAGUGCCCCACCGCAUGACAAAGCUGAAUCUUUCAUGUGUAUGAACUGCUUCAAAUUUCUUCCCCAAAACAUAGAAGAUGCUUCAGAAUUGUUAGCAUUUGCAACAGAAUAUCAAAUGAGCCAACAAUGCUUAAAAUCUAUUGCUAAAACACAUAAAGGCAACAAACGUUCAAGGUCAGGAAAAACUCAGAAAUCUCACACCAGAGGUGAAAAAGUUCCAGAUGGAAUUGAAGCACUGAAAUGCAUCAGCAGUGAACCAGACAUACUGGCUCCCAAACCAGAUUGCAGCUAUUGCGAAGCAAAAAAACUUUCUUCUGAAACACCAAAUUUCUGCUGUUCUGCUGGUCAGAUAGUUCUCCAAGAGAACAAACUUCAAGAUAUUCUGAUAGAACUAUAUACUGGUCAUUCUGCUGAAGCUCUUUCUUUCAGAACAUAUGUCAGAACAUAUAAUAAUAUGUUUGCCUUCACUUCUUUCGGAGUACAUUAUGACAGAUCCCUAUGCAGAAGAACUAAUGGUAUCUACACAUUCAAAGUCCAGGGACAAACCUAUCACUUCAUCAAGGAUCUUAUUCCACAUGAGUGCAGGACUGUUUAUUUGCAGCUAUAUUUUCAUGAUACAGAGCAUGAGUUAGAAAACAGACUGGCUACAUCAGAGAACCUAACAGAAAGUGCAGUGAAAAAAAUUAUGCAUGUCAUGGAAUCGAAUCCAUAUGCCUCUUUUCUCCGAAGCUUAAAAAAUGUUCCGAAUCUCGACUCAUAUCAAAUCGUCUUAAAGUCUCAUUCAGAAAAUGACCAGAGGGUUUGGAAUCAACCAACUGCAUCUCAAAUUGCAGCCUUGUGGGUAGAGGGCCAAGAAUCUGGAGAAGGAUACAAAAGGCAUAUCCAAAUCUAUACUAAAGAAGGCAAGGAUCAUCUGGUGCACUACUAUUAUGGAUGCUAUGAUCCAUUGCAGUAUCCGCUGCUGUUUCCAUUUGGAGAGACAGGAUGGCAUCCUGGUAUAAAAAGAACAGCACCACAUAAUCCAAACAAAAGGAAAAGAUACAACAGAACAGCCAACUGCACUCUUGCUUCUACUGAUUGCAAAUCUGCAGAAGAACUAAUAGCAGCUGAACACCAAGCUUCUCACAAUCCUGAAAACAAUAAAGAGUUUGUAUCUAUGCGUGAGUAUUACGCAUACAAGUUGCAGAUGCGAGAAAAAUACACUCCAGGCAUACUCAAUACCGGCCGACUACUUCAACAAUAUGUCAUCGAUAUGUACAUCAAGAUAGAAUCUCAGAGACUUGAUUAUUACAGAAGCCGCCAACAGUUAAUAAGAAGAGAGGAACUUCAAGGCAUAAUGGACAGUGUCAUCUCAGGACAUUGCCAAGGAUCCAAAAUAGGUCAGCGAGUUAUUCUUCCAGCAUCAUUCAUAGGUGGUCCUCGUGACAUGAGAAGAAGAUAUGUUGAUGCUAUGGCUCUUGUGCAAAAAUUCGGCAAACCAGAUUUAUUUAUCACUAUGACGUGCAAUCCUUCAUGGCCUGAGGUGAAAAAACACAUGCUACCUACUGAUGAAGGUCAUAACAGACCAGACUUACUCGCUCGAGUUUUCCAUGCUAAGCUUGAUCUUUUGAAGGACCAAGUCUUCAAGAAACAAAUAUUUGGAGCAGUAGCAGCUUAUACCUAUGUUGUUGAGUUUCAAAAACGUGGUCUACCGCAUACUCAUUUCCUCAUAAUCUUAGAGGCAGCUUCAAAACUUUAUUCCACGGAAUCCUAUGAUAAAAUCGUGAGUGCAGAAAUUCCAGAUAUAACAGCAAAUCAACAUUUAUUCAGAAUGGUUCGAAAGCACAUGAUCCACGGUCCUUGCGGAGCACAAAAUCCAGAUAAUGUUUGUAUGCAAGGAAAUCAGAAGAAAAGAUGCAGAAAUAAUUACCCAAAAUCAUUUGCUCAGACAACCUUUCAUGGAAAGAAUGCGUAUCCUACUUAUCGAAGGAGAAAUGAUGGACAGAAAAUAACUGUUCGUGGCCAUCAGCUUGAUAACAGAUGGAUAGUUCCAGACAACAGAUACUUAUUGGCAAAAUUUGAUUGCCACAUAAAUGUCGAAAUCUGUUCCACUGUGAAAGCUGUCAAAUAUAUAUACAAAUAUAUAUACAAGGGUCAUGAUAGGAUUCAUUUCAGAGUAAACUCAGAUGCUCCUGCUCAAGACAAUAAUAGCUCCCAACCUCUUCCAAUCGAUGAAAUAAAGGACUUCCAAUCAGCUCGAUGGGUGUGUGCAGUUGAAGCAAUUUGGAGAGUGUACAGAUUUAACCUCAGUGAGAUCCACCCUUCUGUAAUUCAUCUCCAGCUCCAUCUACAAAACUGUCAGUCCAUGAGUUUCACACCUGAUCAAGACCUACGAGAUGUAAUCAGAAACAAGUAUACAAAAAGAACUAUGUUAACUGAAUUCUUUUACAUGAAUUCUGUGGAUGAGUUAGCUCAGCAUCUUAAGUGCACAUACAAAGAAUUCCCAGAGCACUUCGUUUGGUACCCCGGAAGAAAAAAAUGGGAACCUAGAAAGCAAAAGGACUGUAUUGGCAGAAUUGUCACAGCAGGUAUAAAAGAAGGAGAACGUUAUUUUCUUCGACUACUCCUAACACAUGUGAAAGGCCCCAAAUCAUUUGAAGACCUCAAGACAGUGAAUGGAACAUACGUAAACACAUUCCGUGAAGCAGCAAUUCUCAGAGGAUACUUUGAAUCAGAUACAUCGCAAGAAGAAUGCCUUGAAGAAGCCAGUUCAUAUCAAAUGCCAUACAUAUUGAGAAGGCUGUUUGCAACUUUGCUGGUACACUUUCCUCCAUUAAAUGCUAGAAAGCUAUGGGAGAAAUUUGAACAUUGUCUAUCAGAAGAUUUCAUAAAAAUACCAGAUAUAUCAACUGAUGAAACACGAUACAAGGUUCUAGAACAGAUAAACAAUUUUCUUGAAUCUAUGGGAAGAGAUAUUAACUCAUAUGCUCUGGUUCCAUAUCCUUUGAAUUUUAAUGAUCUGAACAAGAGCACGAGGGACACAAUAGCAGAGACAAGGAUCACUGUGCUAGAGUCUGAUCUGCAAAAAAUUGAUCUGUUAAACAAUGAUCAGAAAACUGCCUUUGAUAUAAUCACUCAUGCAGUCUUCCAAAAGAAACAUGGAUGCUUUUUUGUUGAUGGUCCAGGUGGAACCGGAAAAACUUUCCUUUAUCGAGCAUUAUUAGCUGAGGCAAGAUCCAAAGGAUUCAUUGCACUGGCUACAGCAUCAUGCGGAGUAGCAGCUUCAAUAUUGCCCGAAUCAGCAAGCAAAGUUCGUCAGCAGAACUUCUGCAAAAAGCCAGCCUUAUAA